AAGCUCGCCAUGCUGCUGUGGGUGCCGUGGGCGCUGCUUGCCUUGCUUCUGCCCACGCUCCUGGCGCCGGGAGAAGCCAGGCACGGCGGGGGCCUCCCUGCCCAGAACUCCUCCAGGCCCGCUCUGCUGAGGCUGUCAGAUCACCUCCUGGCUGACUACAAGAAGGGCGUGCGGCCGGUGCGGGACUGGAGGAAGCCGACCACCGUGUCCAUCGACGUCAUCGUCUACGCCAUCCUCAAUGUGGAUGAGAAGAAUCAGGUACUGACCACCUACAUCUGGUACCGGCAGUUCUGGACUGAUGAGUUUCUCCAGUGGAACCCUGAGGACUUUGACAACAUCACCAAGUUGUCCAUCCCCACGGACAGCAUCUGGGUCCCGGACAUUCUCAUCAAUGAGUUCGUGGACGUGGGGAAGUCUCCAUAUAUCCCAUACGUGUACGUCCGGCAUGACGGGGAGGUCCAGAACUACAAGCCCCUCCAGGUGGUGACCGCCUGUAGCCUCGACAUCUACAACUUCCCCUUCGACGUCCAGAACUGCUCGCUGACCUUCACCAGCUGGCUGCACACCAUCCAGGACAUCAAUAUCUCCCUGUUGCGGCUGCCGGAAACCGUGAAGUCGGACAGGAGCGUCUUCAUGAACCAGGGCGAGUGGGAGCUGCUGGGGGUGCUGACCCAGUUUCAGGAGUUCAGCAUAGAAAGCAGCCACCAUUACGCGGAAAUGAAGUUCUAUGUGGUCAUCCGCCGGCGGCCCCUAUUCUAUGCGGUCAGCCUGCUGCUGCCCAGUAUCUUCCUCAUGGUCAUGGACAUCGUGGGCUUCUACCUGCCCCCGGACAGCGGUGAGAGGGUCUCCUUCAAGAUCACUCUUCUCCUGGGCUACUCGGUCUUCCUAAUCAUUGUGUCCGACACGCUGCCGGCCACGGCCAUCGGCACACCCCUCAUCGGUAAGACCCUCUCCUGGGGAAGAGCUCGGUGUGGCCGAGGAACUGGCCCUCCCCUACCUCUACCUCCCGUGUGUGUCCCCCACUCCCACCCCGCUCCGGGGUGCACAGGUGUCUACUUCAUCGUGUGCAUGGCUCUCCUGGUGAUCAGCUUGGCCGAGACCAUCCUCAUCGUGCGCCUUGUGCACAAGCAAGACCUGCAGCGGCCAGUGCCCGCCUGGCUUCGGCACCUGGUUCUGGAGAGGAUCGCCCUGCUCCUUUGCCUAGGGGAGCAGUCAGCUUCCCGGAGGCCCCCAGCCACCUCCCAAGCCGCCAAGAUGGAUGACUGCUCAGACAUGGGAAACCACUGCAGCCAUUGGGCGGGACCCCAGGACUUGGAGAAGACCCCGAGGGGCAGAGGCAGCCCUCCCCCACCACCUCGGGAGGCCUCCCUGGCGAUGCGCGGGCUGCUGCAGGAGCUGACCUCCAUCCGGCACUUCCUGGAGAAGCGGGACGAGAGCCGAGAGGUGGCCCGGGACUGGCUGCGCGUGGGCUCCCUGCUGGACAGGCUGCUCUUCCGCAUCUACCUGCUGGCAGUGCUGGCCUACAGUGUCACCCUGGUCACACUCUGGUCCAUCUGGCAGUACUCCUGAGUGGGCACAGCCCAGCAGGGGGUGGGUAACGGCACUGGUUAGGACGGGGAUGGGGGACUUAAAGGGCUCAGGGGAUGCCAGGGACCUUCUCAAGACACAUACACAGUUCCCCAGCUGUUUCCCUUGCCAGUUCAUCUCAGUAAUCCCAAACCAGGGCCUUAACUUUUCCCUAAAACCUUGGUCCUUACAUCCUCCUCCACUCCCCUACUUGCCCAUUAUGACUUUAAAACAUGCUGUCUUAGAUCAAGAGCAACCCAAGCAUGCCCUGACUUCACUACCUAAGCAAUCAAGCCUCAGUUUCCCCAUUGGUGCUUCCCUGAAUAAGUCACUCUGGAAUUCUGCUUACUCCCUCAGCCUUGUUUUAGAUGGAGGGUAAACCAGCUCUCUACUGCACGGGCCUGAUAACUCUGGAUUGGGUUUAUCCAUCGUUAACGUCUCCCUGUUCACUUCACCUGUGGCUACUUCCCUGAACACAAUUUA